ACCAUCCUCUUCUUCAAACCCUCUCACCUCAUUUCAAUCUUCUCCCAAACUCUCUCUAAUCCACUCCAAACACACAAUCAUAUAACAACCACCCGACCAGAUACUUUGAUCAUAAUGGAAAUCGCAGAACUUAACCUCAUAUCCGACUUCGAAGCCGGAAUCAAAUGCUUACAAAACCCCUCCUUAAUCUCCAAACUCCCUCAAUUAUACAGUUUCUGGACAUACGGUGCUCUGAUCAUCGCAGUUUUCGCUACUUUCACAAACAUUUUUAAGAAAAUAAAGAUGUUUAUACACCACAUACGCCUCAAGCUUUUACUCUCCUAUCAAAACUCAUGCCCCCAGCAAAUUUUCGACGACGAUGACUUUGACUUUGACUUUUCCGACGACGGCGGCUCCGACGAUACGCCGUCGUCGGUGGCGGAGUCCGAUGAGGAUAUAGAACAUUCAGAGGACGAUGAACAUGGUCGUGUAAACGAAGUGUUUCGAGCUGAAGGUGGUGGUAGUUAUUGGAAUGAUGAAGGGCAUGAUGGUAAUUUCACUCUCCGGCGGCGUAACGGGUUUUCUUGGUCGGAUUUUUCCGCCGGGAAAAGUGUGGUGCAGUUGUGGGAUAGUUUUGGUUUAGGGUUAGAUUUUGAAGAUGAUGAGAAUGAAAUUGCGAUAUGGGAUUUGGAUCGGGAGGUGAAAUUGAGCUCUGGGAGGCGCGUGACGGCGGCGCGUGGGGAGGAGACGGUGGUGUUGACGGCUGAGGUUGAUGGUGGGAAUGGUGGAGUGGGGUUUGGGACGUAUGAUUCUAGGGUGGAUGAGAGGUCUCCAGCGAUAUAUGCCGCGUGGCGGCCACGGCAGCGGAAUGUUUGGGUUGAUGGUAAGGAGGAGUGAGCGCGUGAGAGUCACGACUUGUGUUGGUCGUCUGUAUACAGCUAAGGACCGGGCCCACUUGGUAAAAUUGAAACGGCGUCGGACGCGUAUUAUUGGAAAUAAUUGGUGGCUACAUAUAAUCUUGUGGUUAGAAAUUGAAGUAAAUAUUAUAUGUUUAUCGUAAAAUUAGGAUAAUAUUCAUUUGGAAUUCAUAUUUUUUCCGUUUUUUCAUUUUAAAUUAAUAAAUAAGUAAACUCUCAAUUAA